AUGAAGGCUACACCAUCCAGCAUGAGCCACGAUGUAGCGACCCCAUCUUCUGAGCAGGUGGCUGAGCCGCAGUACACGGGCGGUUACGUGCCCGACACCGAGGAGGAGAAGAAGCUCGUCCGCAAGAUCGACAUGUACCUCCUCCCGUGCAUCUGGCUCAUGUAUCUUUUAUCGUACAUGGACCGGACCAACAUCGGCAACGCCCUCAUCGCCGGCAUGGACAAGGACCUCGACCUCGACUCGUCCCGCUACAGCGUCGCCCUGGUCGUCUUCUUCGUCACCUAUGUCGUCUUCGAGGUGCCGUCCAACAUGGUCCUCAGCCGCACCCGGCCGUCCCUCUACCUGCCCGGGAUCAUGAUUAUCUGGGGCGCCAUCACCUGCGGCAUGGCCUUUACGCCGAGCUACGAGGCCCUCAUCGCCUUUCGCGUGCUGAUGGGCGUGUUCGAGGCAGGCUUCGCCCCGGGCGUCUUGCUGCUGCUGUCGUCGUGGUACAAGAAGGAGGAGCAGAGCAAGCGCUUCGCCGUCUACAUCAGCGCCGCCAUCCUGUCCGGCGCCUUCGGUGGGCUGCUGGCCGGCAGCAUCACGAGCGGGCUGGACGGCGCGCAUGGGACCCGCGGCUGGAGGUGGCUGUUCCUGGUCGAGGGCGUUGCUACCAUCGGCUUUGCCAUCGUGGCCCUCUGCAUCCUGCCGGACUUUCCCGCCACGACGUCGGCUAGGAAGUUUAGCGAGGCUGAAAAGGCGCUCGCCAUGCUGAGGCUGCAGAACGACAACCAGCAGAUUCGGAAUGACGAGGGGCCGAGGAUGGGCCACCUCGAGGCCUUGAAGCAGAGCGUCCUGUCGUGGCGGACGUGGCUCUUUGUCGUGGGAUACAUGGCCAUCGUCGGCUCCUCAACCCUCUCCUACUUCUACCCGACCCUCAACACGGGCCUUGGCUACGACGCCAACACGUCGCAGUACAUGACGAUCCCCAUCUUCGGCGCCGCGUUCGUGGCCACCGCCACAACCGGCUUCUUCGCCGACCGCAACUCCCAGUGGCGCGGCCUGAUCCUGGGCGGCUGGAUGGGCGUGGCCAUGGUCUGCGCCGUGGUGGUCUGCGUCGUGUACGACUUCAGGGCCCGCUACGCCAUGCUGGUCGUCAUGGCCUCGGGCCUGUGGGCGUCCAACGGCCUGGCCCUGAGCUACGCGUCCGUCAGCUUCGUCACCAUGCCCGACGAGGUCCGGGGCGUCAGCCUGGCGCUCGUCAACGCCAUGGGCAACCUCGCGCAGAUCUACGGCGCCUACCUGUUCCCCAGCAGCGACAAGCCAAAGUACAUCAUGGGCUUCUCCGUCAUAAGCGUCAUGUGCUUCACCGGCGUGGUUGCCUAUGUGUCGCUGUUUUUCCUGAUGAAGCGCUAUCCCCCCGGCGUGGGCAGCAAGCCUCGAUGA